AUGCGAACUCGAUCGAGUCGGUCUACUGAGGACUUGGUCGAGCUAGACUUUACAACGGGUAGAAAGAGGGUUCAGAGGUCACAGAGGGUACAAGAGGAACCUGAGGUGCUUGUUGCUGAUACAAUGGAUGUACCAGAGGGGAAUGGAAACCCUUUGGGCAAUGGACUCGGUCGAGCUAGGCAAACUCGACCGAUUGGUCUAGGAGAUGCUCCAAACCGCCACCAACAGAGACAAGGGAUCUUUGUCAAAUCACAAGCCUAUCAAACUCAUCAAGGUGGUCAAUGGGGUCUUCACUUGGCAAUCCAUGGAACAUCUUGUUCUGGACAAGGUUGA